AUGGACGGCGAGAUCGGUGGGAGGGCAACCCCGACGGUGGCGAAGGUGGGUGCGGGUGAGUGGGCAGCUGUGAAGGACUUAGAUUUGCAGGCGCCCCGUUCUGACGGCACGUCCCCUGGAUGCCUCCCGGCGGUGAGCCGCGACGCUGGCAUAGAGGCGUGGGUGGAACCUGCAGCCCUCGCCAUGAAUUCCGGAGAGUGCGCAAGAAACCCGUGGGAAGAGGCGGGCAGGCCGCCCGCCGUGGCGAACUGCAACUGCGACGAAGGCACAGGGCGGGUCACUGUCACUGUAGGCAAGCUGUACAAGGCGGACGGACGCGAUGGCUUCGCCAGCGAGUGGAGCAUUGGGGGUUGCUGUGGACCGCUGCCAAAGAGAGGGCUGUCGGCGAAGACGGAGACCAAGCGGAAGCGGCGGGACAGCAUCCCGCAGGGCCUCCAUGCGCAAGCUGGAGAGCCGUCGCCGCAGGGCGAGGUGCUGGAGCCAGAGCUGCGAGGUGGGAGGCGGACGGACGGCCGAGGCGCGCAGUGGGGCCGCUUCCAGCUGGGCGUCAGCGUCAUCGCGGAGCGCCGGGGCCCCCUCGUGCUCAGGAACAGGGGACUGACGCCCGCUGGACGGCCUGUCGCUGAGGGCAUCCAGAAGGCGGAGAAGCCUUGGGAGGAGAUUGCAGGGCGGAGCUGCGUCGACAUGGCCAUUCGCCGCGUGGUCAUCCUGAAGGAAAUCCAGGGUGCGACCAAGACCAACUUGGCCGAUUUUGAAGGCAUGGCGUGGCGGUGCUUCAUGAUUGCGCCGAUCGUCGAGUCGAUCGCCGUGAGACUGCAGUCUGCGCGCGUGUCGAGCGAUGUGCCGCUGCGCCGCGCGGCUCUGCUGCUGCGCGCUUUCGCGGCCGCGGGGCUUUCGCGGACUACUGCUCAAUCCGAGCGCCGCCUGGCCGAUGUGCAGGCGAAGGUGCAGGAGGUGAUGAAGGACUUCGAGGCGCUGCGCAGGGAGCUGGAGGCAGAGCGCGCGCUCUCGGGCGGGCUGCUGGCGGAGCGGGAGCGGCUGCGCGCCGAGCUCGCGGAGGAACGGCAGCGCGGCCUGCCGGGGGCCGGCGGGGCCAGCCGGGAAGGGCAGGCCGGCCUCGACGCCGCCGCCCGCUCGGGCGAGGUGCUCGAGGGGGGCGCGCGGCGCGACGGCCUCGACGGCCUCUGGAGGCCGCGCGUGCUGGCUGGGCAGGGCUCGGGCGACACCCGGGUCUUCCGGCAGAACGCCUUCACUGGCCGCUGGACGCUCUACGUGAGCAGCCGCGGGCCCCAGAAGCCGCAGCAGUACGCGCCCGACCCGAGCAAGGUGCGGGCCGCAGACCAGCCGGAGAGCACGAGCCCUGCUGCCCGUUCUGCCCCGGGGGCGAGGCGAGGUGCCCGGCGCCCCUGCUCCAGGUCGGCCCCGACGGGGAGCUGA